CGUCAUAUUUCGUCGCACCAAACUUGAAAACUGCCGCGAUUUAAUUUAUUUGAUAAACACUGAACAUCACAUGUACACAACAAGUAGGAUUCAAGUAAUUUUAAGUCUCUGUCAUCAUACUGUUGACAUAUCUUUUCUGACAGGCGAAGCAACCAUCAGCAAAAUCAUGGAUACGACGCCCAAAACACAAAAAUCACUUUCUGUUUACAGCCCUGCCGAUGAUAACGACGUCAACACAAGCACGGGAGCUUUCCCAUCCUGUGAAAGAAUUACCAUGAGCUCUUCUUUGAGGCAGAGGCUGAAGAGAAGUCGUCGGUCCUUCACAUCACCUCAAACGGUGGCCAAAAGAUUGAACGUCGAUGAUGCAGACGAGGACACUCCUACUUCCACGGCAAAUGACAACUCUAAUACCACACAUCUAAAAACGGUAGAACUAGCAGAGCAAACCGAAAUGGACUUCAACCAGAAUAAAACAUGUCUGGAAGGUUCACCGCGUCUGAAGCCUCCAAAAGACUGUGCUCAACCCCCCGAGACAGAUGCACUUCAGCUACGAGAUAGACUGAGACGCGAGGUGAAGCAGAAAACAGAAACGCUAAGGAGGCUCGAAAUGGUCAAAAUGUACCGGAAAAAGAACAAUCCGAGCCAGUUGCGUGUGCUGAUCAGCAAGUGGCGGCGCUGUGCACAGGAUGUGCUUUACGAGAUGCAGACGGCCAUGCCAGUGGACGGCCAGAAGGCCUGCUUGAGUCAACUCAUCGACCACUUUGGACUUGAAGACCACCUGCUGCAUUAUGACCGCGCAGAGGAAGACUUCAAGGACCGGAACAAAAAGUAGAACUGUUCCCAAACCCUGUGAAUUAUGCCAAACCACUGGUGCCUUAUCAUCCAGUGUCAAACUUUGAUAACACUUUAUUUAUGUUCUUACAACUAAAUGAAAAAUGUAGGCCUUUGUGGAAAAGAGAAAGAGAUUUGUGAAUACACACUAACAAAUCUUUGAUUUUGCUUAACACAUCACUUAUACAGUUAGUAUGAGCCAGUAUCACUGGCUAACAUAUGAACCCUAAAAUAAAGUUGUAACCAAACUUUGCAUGUCAUUGAUCACCCACACUGCCUUGCAUCCCUGAGACUGCUUUCCAACAAAUAUUGUCUCAGGCAACUCAGACAACAGAAGACUAUUUGUUACUUAGACCUUUAUAUCUAAGAAAAAGAAAAAGUCUCAGAGUUGAAAUGUGAAGCGUUAUACUGUAUAUUUUUAUUUAUCGAUUUUCUCUUUAAUCUGUGUCAAUGAAAGAAUCCUUACAACAUCAAAGUAUUUGUAAAUAAAUACUACAUGUGCCGUGAGCACAAUAAAUCUAUAAUAUUUAAUGUGAAUAAACCUUGUUCUUUAAACCCUC